CACCACUUCAGUGGGCUGGGCCGUGGAAUUGAGAUUGGGACCCUAAAAUCCAAAAAGAAGAGAGAAUGGAAGGGUAACAAAGAGAAUAAGGCAAAGGGUAAAAAUGCCAACAAGAGUCAUUAGAAUUUAAGCAGCAGAACACGAAGAAAGAAAGAAGGAAUAAAAUCAAACCAACUCUCUCCGAUUUCCAUACCAUACCACACUCCUUCUUCCACCUUAAGCUGCGCAGCUUCUUCACUCUCUCUCAUUCUCUACGACGCCGUUUCCAAGCGACCAUUACCAACGCUUCCUCGAGCUUCCAAAGCUGCUCAGAGAGGUUUUGUGUUUUCUGAAUGGCAACCGCACCGGCUCAUGCUCCGGUGAAGUCGCAGCCUCUGCACAACUUCGCCCUCCCCUUCUUGAAAUGGGGCGCCAGCGGCAAGAACAACACCACCACCACCGCCGCUCACCACCACCGCUUCCGCCGCCCCUCCGAUCACGCCUCUGAACCCGACUCCUCCGACCCCGACUCCCGCCCCCACCGCCUCGGAUCCAGAACCGCGCGCAACCGGUUCUCACUCCCUCUCAAACCACCUCCACCACCACCACCACAACUGCACGAAGCCGAACACGACGACGCAGACGACGCCGUGCAGAAGCCAUGGAACCUGCGCCCUCGCAAGCCCGCGCUCCUCCCCAAGGCCGCACUCGAGAUCGGCACCGGACCUUCCCGAAACCACCACCACGCCACCAACAACGGAGAAUUCCACGACGGCGGCGGCGGCGGCGGCGACAACAACAACCCCGCACCGAAGUCGCUGCGGCUCCGCGGGUUCUCGGACACGCCGUGCAGUGUGAAGAAAGAGAAGAGGAAAUUCUGGAUCGCUCUCUCCCGUGAAGAGAUCGAAGAAGACAUCUUCGUCAUGACGGGCUCCAGGCCCGCUCGACGGCCCAGGAAGCGGCCCAAGAAUGUCCAGAAACAAAUGGAUAGUGUGUUCCCUGGCUUAUGGUUAGUAGGGAUAACUGCGGAUGCUUACAGAGUCGCUGAUACACCCGCCAAGAGGUGAAGAGAAUUUAGGGAAGGUCUUGGAGAUUGGAGGCUUAGGGUAGCAAGCUUGUAGUUAAUUAGCCAAAAUCAUCGGUUCAAUUUGGAGGCACUGCUUCUGCAUGCUUACUCCCUAGCACCCGAAGGGGAAAGAGAACCCUGAUGAGGUUGGAAUUCACUGCAAGGGUUGCAUGCUUUUGAUGCCUUUCCUGUAUGUAUAUUAUGAUUUCAUAUUGUUUAUUGGUUUGAUUCACACUUCUUUUGGUUUUUGCAUGAUGAUCUUAUUCAUAAUCAUCAAUGGGAAGAGGCUUUAAAAAUAGUUUCAAAUUUGUUUAUUCUGAUUAUAAAAUAACCUAAACCGAGCAAAUGAUAGUAGUUGGGGAUAAUCAAGCACUAUAAUAUGAAAGAGUCAUGUUAGUGCAAUGGUCUGUAUGCUAAGUGUUGUCUUUUUUGGGUUAUUUGUUCGAAUUGACACUGCAACGAACUUUUGCACCCUGGGUGGAAGAGGAAGACAACAGUGUGGUGUGGCCUCUUACUUGAAACUCAACACCAUUGUGGAUUCAAGUUGGAUUAAAAAUAUUAUGCUGUUUUCUCCAAUGUGUUCUACAUUGUUUAUUUUCCAAGGGGUGUAAGGUCUCUCAAGUCUCAACUCCCAAACCACCAGCUUCUUGAGAUUGAUCUCAAUAAGAAUUUCAAUUGUUUUGCCGUUAUUUUAAUUUUGUCUUUUUUUCAAUCUUAUUUGUCAAACUGCAUGUUUCAUGAAUUCAUGUACUCAUUGAUGGAUAUAAUGACUAAUGCCAUAUUCUAUUUUACAUGACAAUGAUCGGCAUGAAUGUUAUCUUUAUUUGCACAUAAAUAGUUUGUGUCCUUGGAAUACAUUUCUAUUUUGUGGAAGACCUGAAGGGUCAAGAUUCAGGAUAGAGUCAGGUAUUUGUGUCUUAAGUUGUUGCCGAAGAAUCUAUUUUACAUAUUUGUUCAUUGUCAUUUGCACUUGGGUAAAUUUAUUUUUUACUAACACUGCUCGGGAUCCACUGAUACAGCAAGGGUUUCCCUUUCAGGCUCCGGGUUUCAGUUGAAAUUGAGCUAGUAAAAAAAUUGCCCGUUGAGUGGACUUGAUCAUAUGAGUUGUAGUGUAAAGAUGCAUGUUUUUUAUUAGUCUUUUGUACAUAUUCCACUCCAUGGGCUCUUUUUUUCAAAAAAAGAAGAAAGUUUGAGUGAACAGUACUGAAUUGUAGUGUAAAGAUGCAUGUUUUUGGUGUGAAGGACAGAUUCACCCA